AUGGUACCGCUGAUGAUCAAGUCCUCAUGUUCCGUCGACGUCACCUACUUCCCUUACGAUCGCCAACAAUGUACGGUGCGCUUCGGGUCCUGGGUGUACGACGGUGAUCAACUGAACCUAUUCACACAACCCAGCGAAACGGAUCUCUCAAAAUAUGUGGAAAACAGUGAAUUUGUGCUUCUUAAUGUCAGCUUGUCGAGGGUUGUAGCCGAUAGUGACUGUUGCCCCGGCGAUGGUUGGCAUCCAAUGAUCCAUUUCACAGUACAAAUCAAUCGGAAAUCCCUCUAUUAUGACUACAUCGUGAUCGCUCCAACGCUAAUGCUCUGCGUCAUGACUUUAGCCUCUUUUCUAUUACCUUGUCACUGCGGAGAGAAAAUAGCUAUCGGUCUGACUGUCUUUCUCACAUUAUAUGUACUCGAAUUAUUAGUUGCGGAAAAUACACCCGAUUCUAACGCCACUCCAAUUCUAGGAGUCUUUUUGAUCCUUGUGAUGACAUUAAACUGUGUUUCCCUGAUCAUGGCGACAGUGGUGAUGAAUAUACGAAAACAUGCCGAUGAGAAACUCUGCCCUAAGGUUCCCCCGUGCCUGCUGUGGGUGUGCAAGACAUGCUUGAGUAAGUUCACAAUUACCAGACUGCGAGACUGGCAGCAUCCGAUCGUCUCGUGUGAUGAGAUGCGUGGAUCAAGGAUUCUAGCGGAAUCCCUCAGUGACCUGCUCGAGAUGACCGAGGCCGAUACUACAGACUUUCCAACUUGCCCUGAAUAUGACAAAUGUUCACAUGACGGAGACACGGCCCCGAAAAGGAAGAUCUGCUGCUACCCAACUGACUACCGGUCAAGCUAUGACACAGACAGUGUAACCAAUAUGGGCAUUGUGUCACUGACCAGGCGAAAAUAUGAGUGGUACUAUUGUGCAGAAGUUGUUGAUAAAUUCUCAUUUUUUAUCUACGGUGUUAUUAUGGGCAUUACCAUCCUCACCAGUCUGGUUAUCGUUCCUUACACACAUGCUCACAGCUAUAACUGA